AUGCUGUGGGUUGGGCCACGCUCAUCCUUUUUCUUCGCGAAAAACUCCAUACAGAUACCCCAGAGACGCAGAGACGGCCGCCGCCCCCUCCACCCUCCCCUUACCGCUGUGCCGUCCCACGACCCCCAACCCCGGACGCAGAAAAGAGGAGGGCUGCUGACCAACAACCCCGGUUCGAAAUCUCACACCGAGACGGGAGUCCCCGGAACCGGUCAGCGCUAUGGAGGAAGGAUGUCAUUCCCGCCCGCUCUCCCUUCCCCCCCAUGUGACGGUGACAUGCCAUGUCGAGUUGUCGAUGAAGGCGUGAAACGGGCGCAAAGCGCCUCGCUAUCGACGCCGGGGACAAGGGGAAACGUGAUUUUGGGGUUUGACCGUUCGCAAUAG